AGGAAAUGUGCCUAGGUGGAAGCUAAAGUGUAAAUUUGCCUGGAAACUGGGAAUGUAAACAUUAGGCGGCUAUGUUGAAUUUAAGCGAGAUUAAUUUAGGUUUUUUUUUAAAACAAAUUAGGAUUGAAAGGAACUAAUUUAACUAUAAAAUGAAUUUAAAAUCCAAAUACUUAUGGUUGGCAUUUAUAGUUGAAAUUAUUAAAUAUGCCUAUUUAUUCAUAUGAAAGUAUAUAUUUCAGCUAUCAGAAUUACCUGCAGUUGGGAUGAUAGUGCUUCUUAAUAUAAUUGUGUUCAGGCUGUGUUAUUUCUUUGAUUAAAAGUAGUAAUAAAGAAUUGGGAAACGUCUGCCAAUGAAGGACUUUGUAUUUUAUAUGUAAAGUGAAUCAUAAAAAUGGUGCCUGCAGUUUGACUUCCUUCCUCUCUUUUUUACCACCUGAGCACAGAGACACAGCUAGGGUUUUCAGCACCCGGGGACAACUGAAGAUUUUGCACCCUUUUCUGUGUGCGGAGAAUGGAAAACAUAUUAUUCUAAAAUUUCAUAACAUCAGCUUGGCACCCCCUGGAUGCUGCACCCAGGAACAGAUGUCUCCCCUUGUCUAACCCUAGCUACGCUACUGCAUGAGCCCUGGCUUCUCUUUCAUCAUUUGCACUUCUGCAGCAGAAUGAAAGUGAAACUAGAACGGAUCAUUUAUUGGGCUGUUUGGACUAGUUCAGUAUUAUGGUCCCUUCUAAAGUUUGUUAAAUCUAGUAAAGAAUAUUUUUAUGCAUUGAAUCCUGAUGAUUUUCAAAAUGGUUGGCAGAUUUUACAAGGAGAAAAAAAGGAUAAUUCUGAUGUUGAGUGGUCCAUCAUAAGUGACACUUUUAAACGUUACUGGAUUAUUCUUAUGUUCCAAAUAUUCUGCACACAGUUUAUUUUAAGGAUGCACAGAAAUGGUGUUCCUUUCUUUUAUGCUUUCUAUUCCAUGCUGUGCCUUGUAGCAAUUAUUGGAACUCAAGCAACUACUGUGUUUUUAUCAUACAUUGCAAUUAUGUUUGUUGCUCAUAUUAGUGGGAGAAAAGGGCUUUGUUAUUUGCUGACUUUACUUGCUUUGGUGUUGCUACAUAACCCAUAUUUCCAAGAUGCAAAGGCAUCUUUAACAAAAGGUGAAACUCAGUCGUUUCUGUUUGAAGUUGGGCUUGCUUGGAUGAUGGCCAAAUGCUUAAGCUUUGCAGUUGAUCGCAUUGAAGAUGACAAUCAUAAAAAUGUGACUGCUAUGGAUGUUGCUACUACAUUAUCAUAUUGCUUAUAUUUACCAGCAGUGUUUACUGGGCCUAUAUUUCGCUACAGUCAGUUUUUAAAGGAAGUUUUUGAAUCAGAGAGAUCACAGCCAGGAAUAAUCUUAAGAAAUGUGUUACGUGUUUUUUAUGUGUUGUUAUGGUACUUCAUUUAUGAAAUUUUGUUGCAUUUUGUUUACUCAUCAGCUGUUCAGUAUUUUCCAGAAGUUGCAUUUAAUUUUGAUAGCUGGUCUUUAUGUGGAUUAGGUUAUACAUUACCUAUGAUGUUCUACCUAAAAUAUUUCAUUAUUUAUGGUAUGGCAGGAAGCAUUGCAAGACUGGAAGGUUUUAAUUUUCCUCCUGCACCUAAAUGUAUAAGUUGUAUUCAUUUAUCUUCAUACCUGUGGCGGCAUUUCGACAGAGGCCUUUAUUUGUGGAUAUUAAGGUAUAUAUAUCAUCCUUUGGUAAAUAAACAGCGUACAAUUUUUAGAAGGGUAUAUGCACUUGUUUUAUCUUUCACAUUUGUUUCCGUUUGGCAUGGUAUGGAUAAACCUGUAUGUGUAUGGAGUACAUUGAAUUUUUUGCUUGUGUUUUCUGAAGUACUGAUGCAAUAUACUUUAUCCACUAGAGCUGGGAGAUAUUUUGAAGUAAGAUAAUACUUAAUACAAUUACAUUAAAAAUAUUUUCAUUGUAUUUUAAAACAAAUCUUUUAUUUAUGUUUCAUGUUGACUUUUGAACAAUUAAACUAUAAUAUUUUCUGUUUUUAAUACUUUUUGUUAUAACUUAAUUAUGUAAACUGCUGUGACCAAAAAGUAUCAAGGAUGAUUCCAAAAAAUAAAAAAUUCAAUUUAUUGCCAAUAUUUAUUACAUUCUCUUUAAAGUAAUCCUCUUUUCCUGCAGUUCACUUGUGCCAACAUUUUAUCUGAUAUUCGAAACAUGUUUUAAGAUCAUUUUCAUGCAAUUCUUUGAGGACUUCUUGUAGUUUUUUUUAAAAAUUGUAUCAAGAGACUCUAGGUGGUAACUAUGUGACAGUUUUAUUGGAAGAAAUUUAAAACAGUUCACAUUAAGCCAUUUCAGAUAAAUAUGCUGCUCAUGGAGCUAUUUUUUUGAUUUCGAUCAAAAAUUCACGAACAGGUUACAGGUUAUGGAGGACGGAGACGCCUGGUGUCUAUGCACAAUUUUAACACUGUUGCCUUUCGAAGGCAUCAAACAAUACUUGGAUUCUUGUAACAAUUUUGUCGGUAGAGGUUUCUGUAAAAGAAAAACAAUCAUAAUUAAUAAUGUGUAACAUUUUCGGAGGCCAGGAUCUGCGCCCCCCAGCCGCUUCCAACCGGCAGGACUCCGGUCAUCACUGAAACCCUGGCCAUUUUGCAAAUCAGGUGCUACAACUCCGUCCUUCGGUUAAGUUGUUUAAUUUCUUAGUCUACUCAGGAACGUCGUCGGCUAGUCCCCGCUCUGCGACUUGGAAGUCAUCGGAAACAACAAAAUUAUCUCCUUGGUCCCUUCCUUCAAAAACUAACGUGUUAUUCAAAAAUGGUUUCCUCGUAUCUCCUGAAAACACUGUGCAGCCACUUUAAUAGCUGGCGCGUUUUUUCAAAAUUUGGUGUAGAUGUUGAUCAGCAGGAAGCCAAACCAGCAACCUGAACCUAGAAAUCUUCAUGGGAAGGGGUUUCCCGACUACCAUAAGAGCCAUUUAUCUCCAUUCCUCCUCUCAGCUUCCAAGGCCACACCAAUGUGUCAUCAGAUCCACAGACAAAAACAAGGGGGGGGGAAGAAACGAGCCUCGCUCGAGGUCCCAGUCGACAAUGCAAAGCUUCUAACUCAACGAAUAUUUUCCCCCACCAUAAAAUAUGCUGUAGAACCUCUCCAUUCUCGCCUGUCCAGCAAAACAUGGUCCUCUUUUCGGGAAACACCAUA